AUGGCAGCUAUUUAUAAAUCAAUUGGAUAUAUUCUGAUAUUUAUUGGUAUUGUGGGAGCCAACGAGAGUCAUGACCGCUUAUCACCACGAGCUAAAGAUUCUAGACUAUAUCCAUAUGUCCAACAAAUGAUUGCAAUAUCCCGAAUUACAAAUGGAAUUUAUCUUCAAAACGGUCUGCAUUCCGGAACUAUUCCAUCUGAUCAACUUAUAUCGGAGCUUGUUAACUUUGGAGAUAUUGCGCCUUCUCAAAUCUUGGAUAUCAAAAUGGACUCGCUGACUAAUGUCAUUGAAAAAAUCAAUAAAAUACAAAAGGCAAGUGAUUUUACUAUGGCGGAUCGGUUGUUGAAGCUGGUAUCUGUUGCGGAGAAAGCAGAGUGGUUGAAUGCUACAUUACACAGCUUGGAAGGAUAUCGUAAAGAAUUGAAAGAUUUAGAAAGCUCUGGUGUUGACUGGACCCAACUGGGCAUGUUUAUUCGGACUCUGUUCGGAUUCGCAGACUUUGUGGAACUUCUUCAUGCAGGGCAUGAUAACUGGAUAAAUGUAAAUGAAACUGCUUUGGAUAUCGAAAAAUUGUCAACCUUCAAUUUGUCUAUGUAUGAAGGUCUUCCAAAAAGACCUGAAAUUGAAAACGGUUUGAAAUUUUUCCCAAUUCUAAAAAAAUCAGUUGAAGUAACUGAAGAGUAUGCCUCAAUACCUUUCUAUAAUGCGUCUAAAAAUGAGCCGGCAAUUGUAGAACUUAUUGCAAACUUGAAGCUUUUCAAGGAGGUUGCGGAAAAUUUGAAUAAUAUUUUUGGGCAGACACAUGAUAAUUUCAAAUAUUCAACCCAUAUUGUCGGAUUAAUCAAUGGAUAUAUUGAUUUAAUAAAAAUUCAUGAUGAUUUGACGGAAGAAUCUAUUCAUCCUGUAGUCAAAGAUGAGGGCUUGAAUUUUAUAAAAGGUUUAAAUAAGUUUUACAUUGGAGAACUCAAUUAUUAA